CAAUUGAUAGCUACAAUAAAACGAUGCUUCCUCUCUCCAUCUUGGAAUCUCCAUAGAACCCACCUCUUCAUCAUUUCUUCCAUUAUAACCCCCUCAUCUUUAUAUACUCUUCACUCCUUAUUUUCCACUCAACAAAUUCCUCUCUCUCCAUUCCAAAUCUAGAACACUCCUAUCUUAAUUUCUCCGAAAAAAAAACACAAGUACUAUGGAACAAACCUUUGAGUCCACCUUCAGUUUUUGGUCCUCAAACAUCCUAGAAACUCAAAAUUGCAAUAACAUGACACAAACAUCUUUCUCUAAGCCUCCAAGAUCAUCCUCCAAUCUAAGCAACCGGAAACCCUCUUUGAUGAACAUCAAAAUUCCUUCUAUAACCAAACCUCUCCCACAACAAAACACUGAAGAGGAUAAUAAGCACUAUAGAGGUGUUAGAAGAAGACCAUGGGGGAAAUUUGCUGCAGAAAUCCGUGACCCUAACAGAAAAGGGUCAAGGGUGUGGCUUGGAACCUUUGACACCGCCAUAGAAGCUGCAAAAGCUUAUGAUAAAGCUGCUUUUCAGAUGAGAGGAAGUAAGGCCAUAUUGAACUUUCCUCUAGAUGUUGCAACCGAUGAAUCUACAGAUUCAUCGGUUUCACUUUCUAGCUCAAAAAACAUCAAAGUUGGCGAGAAAAGACAAAGAGAAGAAGGAAAUUACGUUGAAAUUGAGAUAAAAAGCACUAGUAGUAAUAAUAAUAAACAAGUGAAGAAAGAAGAAGGAGUUUCAGUUUGUCCUCUAACUCCUUCAUGUUGGAAAGGGUUUUGGGAUACUGAUGUUAUGGGAACUAUCUUCAGUGUUCCUCCUUUGUCACCUUUAUCUCCACUUAUGGGAUGUUGAGAUUAAUUCAUAAUGGCUCAAAGUAAAUGGACAUAUAUGGAGAGUGUUUCGAUGAUGCAAGGGGUGCUAAUAGUGUAAAUACUAUAUAGGAAGUGUGAAGAUAGUGCUUAAUUCUUUAAUUACGUUGUAUAUGUUCCUUUGGUCCAAGAAUAUUGAAAUUUGUUCAUUCGUUUAUUA